AUGGCUGACAAGAAGAUUAAGAUCAGAAUCAAUGACAUGUUUAAGUACGACAGUGUUCACAGUCAGUGGAAGCACAAUGAACUUAAGUUGAAGGAUGAGAAAACACUUCUCUUUGGUGAGGCUGAGGAUAUCCCAUGGGGUGAGGCUGGAGCUGACUUUGUUGUUGAGUCUACUGGUGUCUUCACUGACAAGGACAAGGCUGCUGCUCACUUGAAGGAGAUGUUCACGGUCAGUUUCCAGACCUCUUGCUGUUCCUUGGAGACUACGUUGAUCGUGGUAAGCAGAGCAUUGAUGAGUGUUGAUGAUAGCUUGACAUGUUCCUUCCAAUCAUCAAGUCAACUGAAAAGAAAAUAA